UUGCAUUUCCGUUGGCAGCCAAACUCAUUGAAAGGCUCAGCUCCAUUGCUUCUGAGGAGAUUUGCUUGGCGUGGGGCAUUAAAGCGGAUCUGCAAAAGCUUCGACGCACAAUGUCCACAAUCAAAGACGUGCUAUUGGAUGCCGAAGAGAAGCAAGCACGUAACAAUGACCUACACAGUUGGCUACGAGAACUUAAAGAUGUGUUCCUUGAUGCGGAGGAUCUGUUGGACGAGUUUGAGUGCGAAGCUUUGCGAAGGCAAGUGGUUCGUGGCAGUGGCACAACUAGAAGGUACGCCGUUUCUUUUCCCGCUCUAAUCCAGUUGCAUUCCACUUGAGAGUAGGUCAUGGAAUUAAGGACAUAAGAGAAAGGUUACAUGAGCUUAAAGAUGAUAAGAAUUUUGCUGAUCUUCGCACUGUUGAUCUCGGUGAUCAUGUGAGGGAGAAUAGGAAUACGACCCACUCCUUUGUCCGUGCUUCGGAGGUUAUUGGUAGAGAAACAGAAAAAAAUGAAGUUGUUGAUCUUCUAAUGGUACAAGGCGAUGAUCAUCAAGGUGGGGAUAACGGGAACGUAUUUGUUAUUCCUAUAGUUGGAUUACCAGGUUUAGGGAAGACCACGCUUGCCAAGUUGGUGUCCAAUAAUGAGAAAGUUGUUGGGAGUUUUGAAUUACGAAUGUGGUUGAAUGUGUCAGUGGACUUUGAUAUCACUAGAUUGGCAAAAGAGAUCCUUGGCUCUGCAUUAGGUACAGAGAUCAGUGAAAGGUUGUCUUUGGAUCAGCUGCAAGAACGACUACGAGACGCUUUAAAGGAUAAGAAAUUUCUGCUUGUCUUGGAUGAUGUGUGGAAUGAAGAUCGUAUCAAAUGGAGCGAGUUGAGAGAUUUGUUGGUAGAAGGGGCCAAGGUAGGAACUAAGAUUUUGGUGACAACACGGAAUAUCUCAGUUGCUUCAAUCAUGGGGACAGUUGGAAACAUAAAUUUAGAUGUUCUCUCUUUUGAGGAUUGUUUGUCUUUGUUUGUAAAGUGUGCAUUUAAAGAAGGACAAGAAAGACAGCAUCCACGCCUUUAUGAAAUGGGAAAAGAUAUUGUAAGAAAGUGCGGAGGGGUUCCCUUAGCUGUGAAAACCUUAGGUAGUCAACUUUACUCAAAGACUGAUGAGGGUCAAUGGAAAUUGAUUAGAGAUUCUGAGAUAUGGGAAUUAGAACAAGAGGGAGCUGGUCAACUUCUACCUGCUUUGAGACUGAGCUAUACACAAUUGCCGUAUCAUUUGAAGCAGUGCCUUGCUUGCUGUUCAAUUCUCCAGAAGAAAUAUGUUAAAUUUGAUAGUAGAGAAUUGAUAAAUAAUUGGAUGGCACUUGGAGUUCUUGAAUAUCGUGAUCAUGCGAAUAUGGAGUUGCUUGCGGAUGAGGAGUUGGAAGAUGUUGGUGAGCUGUAUUUCAAAGCGUUAUGGGAGAGAUCUUUCUUUCAAAAUGUUAAGGAUUACAUUUUCUACUAUAAAUUUCAGAUGCAUGAUCUCAUCCAUGACCUUGUACAAUCAGUCGCACAAGAUGAGAGUUUUAUGGUAGGCUCUGCAGGCACCAAAGGCCUCACUGGAAAUGUUAGACAUCUCUCAGUUUUGGAAGUUGGCCAAAAUGUUUCAAUGACCUUGCAAAAGAUGAACAAAGUGCGGACUAUAACAGCAAGGAGAUGUGAAAAUAUUGAUGAAUCCUUCCUCCGCACUUGCAUUUCAAGAUUCAGAUAUCUGCGAGUGAUUAAGUUAGCCAAUGCAUCUUUGGAAUUGUUGCCGAGUUCCAUUGGUUCUUUGAAGCAUUUGAGAACCCUAAGCUUCUAUGGAAAUGAAGGAAUCACCAAAGUACCCAAUUCAAUUUGUAAGUUGCAGACCUUGAAAACUCUGAAUCUCGGUGGAUGUGUGAAUCUUGAAGAGUUGCCUAGAGGCAUGAGCAAGUUGAUCAGCCUUAGAUACCUUGAUUUUACCACAAAGCAAUCAAGUUUUCUAGAUAAUGGAGUGGGAGGCUUGAAGUCACUUCGAUAUCUUGUUAUUAUGCGGUGUAGUAAUCUAACGUGUUUGCCGCGUGAUACGAGUUAUCUUGCGUCAUUACACACUCUGACGAUAGGUAAUUGUAAACAACUUGAUUUAGUGAUGGAAAACUAUCAAGUAAUUCCACUAAAGCUCAAAAAAUUGGGGAUUAAAGGGGUACCACGAAUGGUGGCAUUGCCUGAAUGGUUUCAAGGAGCCACAAACACACUACAAGACUUGGUCAUUAGGAAUUGUGAGAAUUUGGAGGCAUUACCUGGGUGGUUGAUGAGUUUCACAUCGCUUAGAAGGCUUAUCCUCGUAUCAUGUCCCAAAUUGUUGUCUUUGCCAGAGGAGAUGCACCGCCUCACUGCCUUAACAGAAGUUAGGAUCAAAAAGUGUCAUGAUUUGAAGAGGAGAUGCCAUCGCAACACGUGA